UUCUAUCGAUUUUCUAUCGAUUAUAAAUAUUAAUAAAUAAAAAAUUUAACACCCAAGACGACGUGACGGUAGUCGGUAUGCAUUUUUUUAGUUCUGAUGGAGCAUGUGACGUGUGUUUUCCAGGAUACAACAAAACCUGCAUGCCUACUAUAAGACAGAUAGUUGACUGUCUCAUUGCUACUCAUCCAAUCCGAGCCUGUGGUCCCCGGCUUCUUCUUUCUGCUAUAAACUCUAAUCCAGCUACUAAUGAUUUUAAUCAGGACACUAGCAUGGUCGCUAGCAACAACAAUAGCAACAACAACAACGAGAGCGUUGAAAGUUACCAAAGUACGCGGAAUCCGUAUCACGAUUAUUCUUACAUCUAAUUCCGCUAUUAAAUUAACUAUUUUUAUAGGACUAACUAUUUUUAUGUGUGAAUAGCAGCUUCCCCAAGUAAAACAAAGAUUGAAUGCUUAUUGAAGUAUUGCUUUACAUUAACAAGGGGAAUCCUAGAAGUGUUCAUUCAGUUUAAAAAAUUUUUUUAGUGACACUCGAGGCCAAAAAAUGUACUUAUCGCGGUGUGUACCAAU